AUGGCAUCGUGUUUUGUUGUACUGGUCUGAUCUGAUCCAGAAGUAACCUCGUUUGAGUGUGAGGUUCUUAUACCUGAAGUGUUGUGUGCCGGUGAAACAUGGAGGAUUAUGACAGUGAUAUUCUGGCUGUUGGAAUAAAUGUGGAUAUACAGAGAACAGAUGGUCGUGUACAUUCAGCUAUUGUUAGUGGCAUUAAUACUAAUGCGAAAACUGUGACUGUAGAAUGGUAUGAAAAAGGCGAAGCUAAAGGAAAAGAGGUAGAUUUGGAAGCAGUACUUCAAUUGAAUCCCAAUUUGAGAUACUCAUAUCCCAACACAGAUAAUGCUUGUGAGACUGGUGAUAUCAGUCGAGAAAAUUUAUUGAAAGAAGUUCCAAAUUCCUUAUACCAUCCUGAAAUCAGUCUUCCUAUUGAUAUACGGCAGUUUCAAAAUCCUUCCGUUUCUGUGGCGGCUUCUGCUGCUGUCCUUGCCCAACCUAGCAACAAAGUUAAUACUACUCAAAUGGACUAUUCAUCUAGUAAUCAACCUCGUUUGAUUGCUCCAUCAACACGUGUUCCUGUUCCAUCGCCUCUUGUUCCUGUUAGCCAUGUUCCCACUCGUUCUUCAACAAUAUCAGCCUAUGAUGAUCGAACAAGUAACUCUUGUCGACCUCAAGCUUCUAUCCCGGUGCAUAAUUCUGCAGUUAUUAAUUACACUCAUAAUGAAGGUCGUGCGAAUUGCAAUCUCAAUGUACCCACUGUAAACAGUACUUUGUCUACUUUGAAUACAAGUUUGAUUAGCGCUGCUUCUGGAAUUAACAGUGCAGCCGCUGCUGGCAGUGGAACUCUACGGAAGUCUAAUUGUGUGAAAGAAAUCGAGCGAAUACAACAACGACGUGAAGAGCGUCGUGCUGCUCAAAAAGCAGUUCGUGAUCAAGUUGAUUUAGAUCCAACCAAUCCUAGUUAUGAGUUUUAUAUGAUGAUCCUUGAAUAUAGAAAUACAUUGGAAUAUAGACCUUUAACCAAUACUGAUUUAAUAGAAGAUCAUCAAAUAUGUGUUUGUGUACGUAAACGUCCUAUGAACAAAAAAGAACUUGGUCGUCGUGAAAUCGAUGUGAUCACAGUGCCAAAUAAACAACAUGUUCUUGUUCAUGAACCGAAAACUAAAGUCGAUCUAACAAAAUAUUUGGAAAAUCAACAAUUUCGUUUCGAUUACGCGUUCGAUGAAACGUGUGAUAAUGAGAUGGUGUAUCGGUAUACGGCUAAACCCUUAGUGGAAUGUAUAUUCCAACGUGGUAUGGCCACAUGUUUUGCCUAUGGUCAAACAGGAUCUGGAAAGACGCAUACAAUGGGUGGUGAAUUCCAUGCUCGCGGUAAACAGGAUUGUUCCAAUGGAAUUUACGCCUUAGCAGCCGCGGAUGUUUUUGAAAUGAAUACAACUACAUAUAGAAAUGAGAAUCUUCGGAUUGUUGCAACAUUUUUCGAAAUAUACAGUGGGAAAGUUUUUGAUCUUUUGAAUAAGAAAGCUAAACUUCGAGUUUUAGAAGAUGCUAAAGGUCAAGUACAAAUAGUUGGAUUAUGUGAAGAAGAAGUGAAUUCAGUUGAUUGCGUUUUAAAACUUUUACACCAUGGUGCACAUAUUCGAACUAGCGGUCAAACAUCAGCUAAUCAACAUUCUAGUCGUUCACAUGCUGUCUUUCAAUUAAUCUUAAAAGAAAGAUCUUCGGGAAGAAUUCAUGGUAAAUUUUCUCUUAUCGAUCUGGCUGGUAAUGAACGUGGUGUGGAUACAAGUAGUUCUGACCGACACACUCGAAUGGAAGGCGCUGAAAUUAACAAAAGUCUUUUAGCUUUAAAGGAAUGCAUUCGUGCUCUUGGUCGGCGUGGUGCACAUCUACCUUUUCGGGGUAGUAAAUUAACUCAAGUACUACGUGAUUCGUUUAUUGGAGAUCGUUCUAGAACAUGCAUGAUUGCUAUGAUAUCACCUGGUAUUUCUAGCUGUGAACAUACAUUAAAUACACUGCGUUAUGCUGAUAGAGUAAAAGAACUUGGACCAGGAAAUUUGUCAUCAAGUGACAGUAAUAAUGAUCUCCCGGCACCUGUUAAUACGACGAACCAACCACAAUUGUCAGCUCGUAGUUCAGUUUAUGCUGCUGCUAGCGGUGCAGUAAUUCCUCAAGCCAACUUUCGUAACCUUGCAAAUACUAAUAUAGGAACAAAUAUGACUGCGUUAUCAAAGAAUUACUAUCUUCAAUCCAAAAAUAAUGAAUACAACAGUAAUGUCAGCUGUCAAAAUGAUACAUUGACAAAUAAUCAUACCAGUGUCAUUGUUGCCGAUGACGGUGAUUUAGCUAUACUUCGAUCAGCUAAUGAAGGUGAAAUGUCUGAGGAAGUUCUUCAUUUUCAUGAAGUCAUCGAUCAAAUUGAACGUAUGGAAGAAGAAAUUUGUGAUGAUCACAAAACUGUUUGUCAUUCUAUGAGUGAUUGGACUAAAGAGCAUUAUUCUUUAUACAGAAUAUCAAAUCAAGUGGAGUUCGAUGUUGAAAAAUAUAGUGCUCGUUUAGAAUAUCUUCUUGGCGAACAAAUAAAAAUUUUAUCCUCUUUAAAAGACAAAGUGACAUUAUGGCGCCGUGAUUUACGACAAGAAGAAGAGUUGAGCACUAAAUUACAACGAAAUCAUCAAUUAUAGUUUCCACAUUAUCUAUCAUACAUAUAUAUUUCAAUUGAGAAAUUUUUAAUAACAUUGAAAAAUGUAUGCUGAAUGAAAAUCAGUUCUCUUGUGUGUAUAUUUCAUCAUGUGUAUGUAUGUGAAAAUGUGGUUAUUCCCUAUGUUGGUGUGUAUUCUUCCUAUUCUUUUACUUACUUACACACUAAAAUAAUAAUAAUAAUAAUAAUAAUAAUAAUAAUACACCAAAUAGGCAUAAUCACAUUUUUCACCAUUUAAUUUCACUGUAACAAUGAACUAUUAUUAUUAUUAUUAUUAGCUCACUGAAUUCUUCUAAUGUGUUGAUUUAUUUCUCACACAGAAUAAGGUGUAUAUACCUAUGGAAAAUGUAAUGUAUUGACUUUUAUUUUUAAUUGCCUCUCUAUUCAUUUAUCUAACUAUUUUUGAUGUUGAAAGGCAAUUGUGUAAUUUAACAAUGUUGGUGAGAUUACCAAAAUGUUAUAACAACAACAACAACAAAACACAGUCAAUGAGUUUGUUUUGUCAACUACUUCUUCAUUUAUGGAUUCAUUGUUAUAACAAAUACAUCCUUUGGGGUUGC